AUGCCCUUCACAUUCAGCUUCAGCAGCGGCACCUGCUCUUCCAUGUCCUCCUCCCCAUCGUAUCUGCCCUCUCCUCCUCCCCCAACGCCCAACGACGACCUCCUCGAUAUCACCCCUCGCAAGUGCUCCUUCUCCACUUCCUUCGGCAUGAGCAACUCGUGCGCAUUCCCCUCCUGGCCCAACCGCCCGUCGCUCCUCAACGCCGACUCGGCCAGCUCCACCGCCAGCUCCUACAUCUCUGACGAGGACCUGUGGCCGCUCGAGUCCCCCCUGUCGUCGGAAGCGCUCCUUGACGAGCUGCCUCCCGCCGAGGAGAAACAUCUGGGCUCCUUGACCACUGAGCAACAGAUCCAGAUCCAGAUGCUCCGUGCUGCAGCAGAGGAGGAAGAGUCGCGAGCCCGUUUCCGAGCGAUGCUCCAGGCCCGCGCUCGUGCGCAGCAGAACCUGCGCCCACCACAGGGCGAGAAGGAGACCGCGUCCAAGCGGAGGAAGUCCAAGACCGUCUACGUCAAGAGGCGCGCUGCUUCUUCUUCGUCGUCCAGCUCCAAGAGCAAGUCUGGUGCUUAA